AUGGAAGCACCGCGCCAGGGUAGCUUGACGAUCGAGCAGCCGCGCGCCGCGGACGACGGCGACGAGACGGUGUGCUGCGGCGUGUUUGAAAAGGACGACGAGGACGUCGAGUUCGGCUGCGUCGUCGGCCCCGUGCUGCUGUCCGUCCUCAUCGUGGUCUGCGGCACCGCCAGCACGAUCACGAGCAAGCUCCAGUACGAGGUCCGGUCCGCGGGCUUCGUCCAGUGCAAGUACCACGACGACGACGGCCACGCGGACGACGACCUCACGCGGCGCGAGUGCUUGUUCACCAAGCCCUGGUUCCAGACGCUGGUCAUGAAGAUCGCCAUGUCGACGUGCCUCGGCAUCUCCAUGGUCGCAAAGUACUUCAACAAGCGCGCCAAGAGCGCGUCGCUCAACGCGGACCCGGAGCUCGGCGCGGGCCUCCUCGGCGGCGAGAAGCGGGCCGCGGGCGAGCCGACGAUCAAGUCUAUAAUCUUCAUCGCCAUCCCCGCGCUCACGGACCUGCUCCAGACGGUCCUGAGCCAGGCGGGCCUCAUCUGGGUGAGCUCGUCGGCGUACCAGAUGACGCGCGGCUCCGUGAUCAUCUUCACCUGCGCGCUCUCCGUGCGCUACAUGGGCAAGAAGAUGGAGUCCGUCCACUGGGUCUCCGUGCUCAUCGUCUGCCUCGCGAUCGUCGUCGUCGGCGUGAGCGGCGUCUUCGGCGCGUCCGACUCCGGCGGCGCGUCCGCGGGCGAAUACAUCCUCGGCCUCAUGCUCAUCCUCCUGGGCCAGGUCGUCGGCGCCGUGCAGUUCGUCCUCGAGGAGUGGCUCAUGAACGAGUGCGACGUCACGCCGACGCUGCUGGUCGGCUGGGAGGGCGUCUGGGGUAUGGGCUACUUCCUCAUCCUCGCGCCCGUGCUCUCGUACACGCCGACGGUCAACGACGACGGCGAGCUCGCGUCCGCGUCGACGAUCUGGCACGAGAACUUCGCCGAGACCUGGGACCAGCUCAAGAACUCGACGGACCUGAUUAUUCUGACCAUCCUGUCGAUGAUCGCGCUCCUGGUCUACAACCUCGUCGGCAACAUGGUCACGAAGCAGCUCUCCGCGAUCAUGCGCUCCAUCCUCGAGUCGUGCCGCACGCUCGGCGUCUGGAUCACGUCCAUCGUCAUCUACUACGGCUGGCACGACUCCAAGAGCGGCGAGGAGUGGACGAACUGGUCCUACCUCGAGUUCGUCGGCUUCGUCCUGCUGGUCUACGGCACGGUCGCGUACAAGGAGAUCCUGCCCAUCCCGGGCAUCUCCAAGCCCGCGCCCCAGGUCGAGCAGUGA